AACACCUACAGAUGUCGGUAGCGGAUCAAUUCCAACGAGCAUUUCAAACAACUCUGAAGAUGUCUGUCUAGGGGGAAUCAUUCAAUCUCUAUUUUAUGACAAAUCUGAAUCGAUGGCUCUUCUCCACUAACCAUAAAGAUAUAGGUACUCUCUAUUUCAUCUUCGGCGCCAUUGCUGGAGUGAUGGGUACAUGCUUCUCAGUACUGAUUCGUAUGGAAUUAGCACGACCCGGUGAUCAAAUUCUGGGUGGAAAUCAUCAACUCUAUAAUGUUUUAAUUACGGCUCACGCUUUUUUAAUGAUCUUUUUUAUGGUUAUGCCGGCGAUGAUAGGUGGAUUUGGGAAUUGGUUUGUUCCCAUUCUGAUAGGUGCACCUGACAUGGCAUUUCCACGACUAAACAAUAUCUCUUUCUGGUUGUUGCCACCAAGUCUCUUGCUCCUAUUAAGCUCAGCCUUAGUCGAAGUAGGUAGUGGUACUGGGUGGACGGUCUAUCCUCCCUUAAGUGGUAUUACCAGUCAUUCUGGAGGAGCAGUUGAUUCAGCAAUUUCUAGUCUUCAUCUAUCUGGUAUUUCAUCGAUUUUAGGUUCUAUCAAUUUUAUAACCACUAUCUUCAACAUGCGUGGACCUGGAAUGACUAUGCAUAGAUUACCCCUCUUUGUGUGGUCCGUUCUAGUGACAGCCUUCCUCCUUUUAUUAUCUCUCCCGGUACUGGCAGGUGCAAUUACGAUGUUAUUAACCGAUAGAAACUUUAAUACAACCUUUUCUGAUCUUGCUGGAAGCAUCGGGCAAAAAAGAUCCGGUGCUGAAACUGGAAUAGAUUCUCUUUCCCGGGAAGGUAAUCAUAAAUGGAUCUGUGAUCACAUCAUCUCCUCUCCUAUGGAGAAAGGCCAAUCUAGUUCAGCCAAUCCGGUACCUCUAGCUCCGGCCGUAGAUCGCUACGCUCCUCUCAUGACAGACGCGGUCAGGCGUAAGGAAUUAGAAGAUAAAUUAACUUUUCAUCUCUUGGUAGAGAAAAAGAGGUGGAGUUCCUCUACGCACCACGAAGUUGUGGAAAGCCAAGUGCAAAUUGAAAAGUUGAUAGAAAGAGCACUUAUAAAGGAUGGCUACACUAGGGAUUCUCUUAUUUGUAAUUGGAGAGAAAUUCGUGGUGCUGUCUUCUAUCCGAACGGCUCCGCACUGCCUCCUAAGACUUAUGAAAAAGAAAGUCAGGAUAUGGUUUUAGGAGCUCAUCGGAGCGAUCCAUAUCUGCGAAUUAUAGCUAAAAUCCACAAAAUGGAUCUUUUUCUAGAAGGUGCUCAAAUUAAGAAGACUAAAAACUAAAUAAAGUAGAAAGGAGACUAAAAACUAAAUGAAGUAAAGAAGAAGGUAGCGCUACUAAGAACCUAGCAGAACUUUUGAUUGAUCGGUGGAAUAUUUGCGAUUUUCCUCUUUUUCACAAGCAUGAGUAGGACUUCUAGUGUAGGGAAAGUAAUCCUUGGCAUAAGCUCUAGUUGAUCUCAUCUGCUAUAUCGGGCUCGGCAGUCACUCUCCUUUCAUUCCUCA